GGAUUAACAGGAAAAAAUGGGCGGGAAAGCGGGAACUGAGAACCCUAUUGUGGACCCUCUUAAAACUCUUUGAUUUUGAUAAUCCUUUUUAGGCUAGCUGAAGAUGUGGUGUUUGCAGCCCUCAAAGUGUGUGUCAAAGAGUCCAGUAACAUGAUCCUGCAAUGUGGCAGUAUAGAUGAUGAGGCAUUUCAAUCACUUGUGGCCAAGCAUCCAGACCUUUCUCCAGUCCUACAAUAUCUUACAGCUGUCUUUAUCACAAGCUGGAGGGAUGUCGUACUCUCUGAUGAACAGGGGUCAGCUGUUAGAGUAGAUGAGGUGAAUAGCGAUGUGCUAAGACAAGGUGAAUGUCAAAAGCUGUCAUUGAAAAUUUUAGAAGUUUGUCAACAGAUUCUUGAUGUUGUUCUAGAAGUACUUUCCAAACUGUCAGUGGAAUACAAAGGAGAUGUUAAAUCAAGAGUUGAAGGCCUGGAACAUGUAAUGAAGGCUACCCUCGUGGGACAGACACUACCUUUGUUGGCAUCAGUUGUGUCCUCUGAGAAGUGUCUAAGACUGCCCAUAGCUAAGGAUUUUAUGCCAGUAGUCACCAAUGUAACAGUGACUGCGACAAGGGUAGCCUACUUCAUAUCUGAGUUGAAAUCCGCUGGAGAUGAUUCACUUGGAGAUGCCACGCCAGCGCCUUCUCUUUCAUCCCCGGCUGUUCCCUCACCAUGGUCAAGCCCUCGUAAAGUAGAAAGUCCUCAUCCUGUCAGAGACGAAUAUCAGUGUUGUAAAACAGUGGUGUUACCUGGGGCAUCUUGUUUGUUCGUCACGUUCGAUCCAAGGUGUGCCACACAAUACGAAUAUGAUAAGGUGAUUCUGUAUGCCGGCAAGACAACCACUGGUCGUAAAGUAGCGGAGUAUGGUGGUAACUCGUUCGGUGUGGGUAGUAGAGGAGUGAUACGAUUAGGUUGGCCCAAGGAACCUGUCAAGGUGGAGGGUGACGCAGUGACCAUCUCCUUUCAGUUGAAGAGUACACGAGAGCGUAACACUCCUGACAAUGCUGUGUGGGGAUUUAGCUGCAUUAUUAGCACCAAGGAGCACGAUGAAAAAUCUUCCAAGCUACCGUUCUUUGACGACUUGUGCCUUGGCCUCUCUGUGCUCACCCACAGCUUGCUGAACGUUAGGUACCAGGGUCCUCCAAGUACUGAGGCAGAAGAUGCCUGUCACCAUCUGCUCGAUUCGAAGCUACUGCAAAGGUGUGUUUGGCCGACUACUGCCGAGGGAGCGUCGGGAACUUCCGGGAUUACCAUUACUGUUGAGUCAGAAAAGGGUUCCACUACAAGUCUUGACAGUAUCGUGUCCAAACCGAGCUCGAAACUUUCUCCUGAACUUUUAAAACGUCUUAGAGGUGCAGCAGGCGUACCAGCCCCCACCCUCCGUCCCAGUCUGCGUCAAGCCCUCCAGUCUGACGCCAUCGAGGAAGUGGUGCUGCGGUGUGUCAUCAACCACCUGAGGCUCACCAAGACUGUGCAUGGACUGGAGCUUCUCCAGGCGACGGAGACAGAGGGCGAGGAGUACAGGCACCUGUGUGGCGUGAUGAAAGAUGUGUUCAGUCGACUGAAUGGUCUGAUCAGACAGCUUCAGAACAUGGCGGAGAUGGAACAGAAGUGGGCUCACGAGCUGGAUGAUGUGCGUGAAGGAAUCCUACAGCCGAGUGCUGCCUUCUUCAAUGACUUCCACUUACAAGAGGCUAAGAGCAAGGAACUAGAGUUGCUGUGCUCUCUGAAAAAUGUUGAGUUCGAUCCAAUCGAGCAGGAACAGUCUGUGGGCAAACUCAUACAACGUUUGGAAACUGAAGCGAAGACAGAACGCCAAGACAUUGAAAACACAUUGGACGUGAUGCCAGUGACCAAGAAGUUUCUGUUUUCAGUCAUGGAGUGUGCGGAGUUGCUGUGUAAUGUGACAAUCGAGUCCAGUGGAAAUAAAGUCGCUCCUGAGAGGAGUAUCUCGCACUGCAGCUUUGUACCUGAUCAUGGACAGCAAUCACAACAGUCCACCUCCUUGAAUCAGCUUCAUACUCCUUCCUCGCCGCUCCUCAGUCGCUCACUAUCAGCGCCGUCCACUCUGGACCAGUCGACUACAGUUCAAGAAGGCAUACAUGACGUGCGCAGGUUACAACGCUGGAGAACGAAUGUUCAAAAGAAGCACAGUCGAUGUUCUGCUGAAGAUCAGACGGACUGUAAUGUGAAUGUGAGGACUUAUGUUUCAACUGUGGCCGAGAUUUUCACUUUUAUUGGCAGUGAUCCCGAUAAAGCUGUGACUUGUUCCAGUUUCCUCGCUGCGGCUCGUGUCCGGAAUGAGCGGGGUCUGGAUCGAAUUCAAGCUCUUCAGUGCAUGAUAGAAUUAGUAACAGUUUGUUCUCGCAUUGGAACUCAUGUGCCUCACCUUCUCUCUUCUGUGGCCUCCAUUCUCGCGAAAGGACCGCGGACUGAAGAGCUUAAGUGCGGAGGCAUGGUGCGAGAAGUGCGUGACAUGUUCUCGGCUGUAGUGCAAGCGGUGGUCCAACUGGCUUCCUCUGAGCCCACAGUGUACCGUGACAGCGUUGUGGUGCUCUCUGUCUGCCCAUUCUCCUGGCACGAGGAGCGCUGUGUUAUGAGAAGUAGUCUUGUGUAUCUGCUGGAUAAACUGUGUUCUUUGAGAAGCGAGAAAAGUGCCACAGCAGUCAAUCUAUCGGCCAUGGCUUGGGCCGGUUUUCAAGUCCUCUUGGAUCGAAUUGUGCAGUGGGAGAAUGAUAAAGAUUACCGCGCUGGUGCAAUCGAGUGGUCAGGCUUGGCUCAUCAGGUGUCCAGUCUCUUAUCAAACUACUUGAACUGUGUGUUGGAGGAGAGUCGUAAGGAUGGUGUUACUGCCAGAGACGCCCUGCAGUAUGUCAUGAAACUGUUACACGGCAUCAGCAGGAGCAAACUUGGAGAAGGAAUUCUCCGUGAGCCGCGCACCAUCUCCACCCUUCUGUCUCUACUCCUGGAUCGACGUGCCCCUCCUAAACUGAUUCUCAUCGUCCUCAAACUCUGCCGCUCGGCUUUACCACUGAUGAGUGCCAAGAACUGCCAGGAGGUCACCCUACCCCACUCUGCCAGGCAUUACUUGGGUGAGAAACAUGGAGCUAACCAAGGGAGUAGUUCGGUGGUCCGAGUGGCUAGACUGCUCCUUGCCAAGCUGGGUGGCUUUGUGCUGCCCUCUGUAGACUCGGCAGGUGAAGAGGACCUCGAGGAUGACGCUGAAGACUAUGAUGAGAAUGACGUCUUAGAAAAAAGCGGAGCCAUGAUGUGUUUGUAUUUGCAUAAACGAGAUGACCAGCCGGCGCAUGAAGUUGUCCAGAAAGUAUUGAGUACGAACGGUACGUCGUUCAUUUUUCGCGUGGGACAAGGCUCCGAGAUGGAGCGCGCGAUCAAACUCGACCGAGAGCUGACUGAGUACGGGCGAGGUGUUCUUUUCACCGACACAUUAUCAGCAUGUCUUAAAAAGGCGGUCCACUGGGCUCAGACUGGACUGGUGGUCAGUGUGGGACCUGUCGGUUUGCUGGAGGGAGAUGGAGAGGGAAGAAAAUCAACUGAAGGGUCUGGAGACCCGGAGAGCGUGUGUAAAGCAAGGAACAGCCGUCUGUCCAGAACUGAAAGCAGCCGUCCUUUCAUUAGUGGCCAAGUGGCUCACACCAUGGCUUCUGAAGUGAUCUCUUUGUUACACGGCCUCCUGGCCUCCUCCGCUUCCGAGACCGCUAAGAUAUGGGCUUCUGCUGUCCGAGAUGUACUCUGCGAGGUGCUGGAUUAUGUGCCUGACCUGAUGAGGACCCUGGAAACGGAAGGCAGGGUGUUGUUGGGAGAGGACAAGCAGGCCACUGAGGAACAGGAGCCCGAUGAAGAUGGUCAGCUUUCUAAUGAACACGAGUGGUUUCUCAAGGCUAGGAAUGUUAUGGCGUCUCUGUGUGCUUUGGGUGGUUUUCGCCAGAGCGUUCAUUCUGGAUGCACAGUUCAGAUUUGUGGAGAAAACAUGGUGUAUAAAACUGGUGAAGUGGUCAGUGUGUCAGACAGGCAAGGCGUGGCCACAGUGUUAUUAGACAAUGGAGGAGAGACCUACAGUGACAGGUUACAAGAGAUACCAUUGGCACGGCUUAAAGUGGCUAACACUCAGGUGGUGUUUCUAAGCGAAUUGUCGAUGGGAGAACAAGCUGUUGCCUCUUUAAUUUCGAUUUUAAGUUCCAAAGAAACAUUACUUGAUCAGCCUUCUGUGGAAGACCAAAGCGAAAACAUUAUUUCGCCAUCACCGGCCGCACGAAUACUGGCAGAACUCAAAACUAGGGCAAGUAUGGUGCUAUCUUGUCAAGUCCAAGACCCCUCCUUUAGCAAUGCCAUCUUAACAAACCCAUCGCUCGAACUCAUCUCCAAACUGGGGGGAGAAUGCGACCCAGGCUUAAGACUUCCCGUCAUGGAGAUGCACUGCCAACAGCUUCGAAAACUCUUCAAGGACUUUGUCAAACCCGCUGAGGAACCCAAGAAGGUAGCCAAGAGCGGUAAAAAGAUGGUGCUUGACGGGAGCCGUCCAUUCCCUCCCGUACGGGGAUGUGUUUUUACUGAGGGGUACACAUGCGUUCACUUCAUGGCUGACCCUGCGGCAGGCUUUGGACUUCCCAGGGGAACGUUUGUGUAUGCUAGCGCCCCAUUGCCUCAAAGGGCACCGUCGUUUUACUGGGAAGUGGAGCUCUGUUCCUUGGGGGACACCGGAGAUCAAGAUCCGGGCCCUUGUAUUUCCGUCGGGUUUGCUCCUUGGACCGAUCAGCUCCCUAGCGGUUGGAUCAAUCCCGUAGGCUCGUGUCUUCUGCACAGCAAUGGCCGUGCCGUGCUGUACAGAGCAGGCGGGCUUCUCCAGUGGAAAACGGUAUCGCUUAAUAUCGUUAUGAAGGAGAAUGACAUUAUUGGUUGUGGAUACAAGAAAGCUGAGGAUCAUUCUGAUAAAGGGCUGGCUUAUUUCACCUACAAUGGCCAACGAUUAGCGGAGAACCUUGACGGUGUCCAGUCUGGGCUGUGGCCAGUUAUUCACAUACAGAAAAAGAAUGUGCGUGUUCGAGUCAAUUUUGGGGCUCGUUCGUUCCUGUACGCAGAGGGUUCUAAACACCGUGUAGCAGCGGACAUGUGGAGUGACUCGUUGGAGGAUCUCAGGGAGGGAUUCAACGUAUUGCCCUUCGCUCUGGAGCCCGACAAGGAAGACGCAAAGGAUGGAAAUACGCUCUCCAAAGUUUCUAAACCAUCGCCGCCUAAACCUGCGCCUCUCACCAUCCCUAAAUACGCUGGAAAAGAAUAUGACCCAAUGUCCUGUCUUCAGUACAAGCUGACUAGUAGCUACGACAGAAUGACGGAUGUGGGUCCUGUGGCACCACUGCAUGUAAGUGAAGAGGGCACCAGCCAGGGCAGAGAAGCCCCACCGGUGGACCCAGCCCGUCUGUUGGUGAAAGCUUGGGAGGACAAAGUGUUCCCUGUCAUCAGAAGACGGUUCCGGUCUAAUACUGACCGGCAGUCGGGGCUGGAGCAGAUCAAGGGGGCACUGCUGGCAGGUAUGAUUGACAUCGCAAUCGCCACCGUAGCUGAUUUGUACGAAGACAAUGGCGGCAUCCCGGCAAGCUUACAGUUUCCUAAACUUGAUGAUGUCAAAGCUGACGUCAACAAAGUGAGCGCGGGAGGCCUGAGACCGGGUCAGGCUGUAAUCAUCAACAGCUCCACUCUGAACCAGGCUUCCGCUCUUCCCGGCUUUGCAGUACCGGAUAUGAAGAAAACAUUUGGACUCACGGGGGUGGUGAAGAACGUCGACAAGCCUAAAGGUUUGGCAGAAGUUGAAACAUACAACCGAGAAGAAGGCACGCUCAUGAGAUUUUGGUAUCCAAUCAGUGCACUAGAGCGUCCGACCGUUGGCCUGGCGCGCUCGUCAUCACUGGCUCUAUGUAGCGAGGACCGCACGCGCGCGGAUAUUUACUGUGAGCUGCUCAGAAACGAGGCUGGCCUGACCCGGAUGUACUGUAGAGAGGCGCAAUCCAGGUUGCUUGCAAAGAAGGCGAAGAGUGACAAACAACUAACAGAUAUUCUGUCCCUCCUACAAACCCUUGCCACUCAACUGUUGGCUGAUCCUCAGUCUGACGGCACCAUCAUCAUAACGUCACCCCACUCAGCCCCAGAUCCCCGUCACUGCCUCGCGGCCAACACUUUGCAGCCUAGUGCGAUAUUCUUCAGUGAGCCCGCGCGCUUGAUCUCUGAGGUUCGUAAGCUCCUGUCCCUGGCAGUCGAACAGGACGAGGAAGAAGUGCUGAGGGUGGUGAAUACAGUGUGUGAAGGGUUGAAAGACGCUCCCCUGGGGGCCUGCCACCGAGAAGUGCCGAUUAGCGCGGGAAAACAGGACGAGGAGGUGUUAAUCCCUGGCGCCGCUGUCACAGUGGUGUCGUGUAGGGAAGAUCCCGGAUGUCUUAGUACUGGAGGCGUGGCCAAUCCUCGAUCUCCUUGCGUGUCGAUUUCGUGUUACCAUGGGAACCAGAAGCUAAACAAGAAUGGGCAAGUAGCUCGUUACAAAGUAGUUCAGUAUCCAAACGCUGCUGAUCUUAACACUUCCGGUUCAGCCAGUUUCAACCUGUAUCCAGAUAUGAUACUUCCAUGCAACCGACUCCAUUUACACUUCUUGACCUCGGCCACAGAAGGCCUAAUGGUCCACUUGAACGCAUUUCCGGCAGAAUUCUUCCUUUCGCUCGUCUUCAUUGAAGUGUUCGUUUCGUUCUACUUGGAAAACACCGCAGAGUUUUCAAGAAAUACAGAGACCAGCGUGGUUGAAAACUCGGGAGAUGUCGCCGAUAGGAGAAAAGCUUCCAUUCAGAAGACAGUCGCGUUUAACUUGACAGAUCUCCUCAGCUCGUUUCUGUUGAAAUCCAACUUGCCUGCAGUCAUCAAGGAGAUUGUCUGCCAUCUCUUAGCUCAGCUGCUCCGAGCAUGUCAUCAUGUAAAGUCACAGGCAAACCAACCUCAUUCUCCCGAACACUUGUUCACGUUAGACUUGGUUCUAUCACGAUUGGCUCCCCUGCGAACUGAGCUACAGAAGCUGUUAGAAAAAGAACUUUCGGCCACAAACACCGCUGCCCUGGAUUUUAUUCUUAACUGCAAUUUUGAACACAGCGAGUUUUCAUCUUACUUGCAGGCUCUUCUUGGGCUUGUUUCAGCAGCCAAUGAAGUGUCUUCCAGUCGAGGCAAGUCAGGCAGAGGAUUGUCGCUUAAGGAAGUGCGCGAGGCUUUACAGGCUGCAGUCACUUCAGAUUCAACUGACAAUGAAGUACGAUCUGCACCUCCAACCAGUGUAGACAACACGUUCAACUUUGAUGCGGAGGCCAUUGUCCCGCCUUCCUCCACGGAGACCGCGGCCUCCUCUGGUCCACCGUCCCCCAAGAUCAAGGCGAGUCAGAGGCGCGGCAGCGUGCGGCGACGUAAGCGAGGUUUCGGGCACGGUAUAACGUCCCCUACAGAGAGCAUGCCUUGGUUUGAUAAGAUUGUCAGCACCACGCUGCUGCUGCGGAACCUCAUUCAUGGAGACCCGCGCGGAUCCUUGGAUCUUUCCGAUAGCUUGACAGCGGUGAUUUCCACAAGAAGUACCGCUCUACAACGGCUGCUAGUCAUCACUAACAUUGCUACUACUCUGAGCAAGAAAGAGGCUGUGAAUGCCAUAAAGAAAGCUUGCAGACCGAGUGGCGGUAUUCACGACAGUGAGGUGUACAUUCCAGAAAUUGAACCACGCGUCACGGCUGGGGGGUCGCGCCUUGAACAAGACAGCGAAGGAGUGGACUCUAGGGUAAAGUCGAUGACUGAGCUCCUACCCAGUGCCCGACAAGAUAAACCGGAGAGGAUUCUGGGUUAUGCAGUGGUGGAGUUGAAGAGCGCAAGUCAGCUUGAUCUUGUGCGGCAGGCUCUUUCUUCCAGUAAGACUUUAAAGGAUCAAUCUUCGGUAGAACCUAACAUCGGUGUGGCUAAAGUCAACUCUGAACUCCUCAUGGAAGGAACCAACGAACUUAGCGCUUUUGCUGUAUUUGACGAGUUUUUAAACGCCAGGCUGUUCGAUGUCGAAGGGGCAAAGACACUAUCUGUCUCGGCCACAGGGGCGAUGGCUGAAAUUUUCUCAAGUUGUGGGUUUGUUGCGAGCAGUGUAGUGAAAUCUGUCAGUGUAGAUAGUGGAACUGAGACAGCUCUGUCGAGUACGCCUUCAGAUUCACAGAACGUUGAACCCUCUGGGCAAGACAAAGUCAUCACGGUUGAGAAAUCUGUUGCAGGACCACAGUCCCAAGAAUUUUUGGGCCAGAAUUCGGAGCCUGUCAUCAAUAAGGAUGCACAUAGCGAAAAGAAGUCAAAUCAAACCGGCAAUAAGUCGUUAUCUGAAGAACUGUUGACAAAGGAUCAAAUUUGCAGCGUGACACCGGGCAAUCUGCUGUUAUCGUUUUUCAACGCCGUGCGUCACGCAAAAGAGUCAGCUGUGGAACUUGUCACACAACUUUUAAGGGAUCACGGAAGCCCCAUCGAAGGAAGCGAGGAAAGAGCGCUCGGUUUUAAGGGGUUUGUAACCUGGGCGUUGGCCAGGGGCAGUCAGGAUGUCCGGUCGAUAUGGAAAGGGCUUAUUGCUUGUGGGUAUGACUUGCAGUUCAAGAGGUGUACAUAUUUUUUGUCGUCGGAGAUGGAAGCAGACCAUGCUAACUGGCCUCUGGCUCGUGACCACGCCCUUGUCCUGUAUGUGGAUACCCUGUGCCGCGCUUGGUCCACCACGCCUUCCCGUCUGAUGCCAGACGAACUCCUCCUCUCCGAGGUGGAUCUUACCAGCGAAGACUUCCAUCUUCUUCAGGGUCUGUCCCUCCGGAGCCUUAGGAGUCGGUUUGCCUUCCUUAAGGCAUUGAAUUCAGACGUGGAGCGCCUGCUGUUACCAGUGACCGACCUGAGAGCAGCCGACACGUACAAUCUGAGCACUGCUACCCUGCUGAGAGAGGGACGCGGCCUCCUGUUUUAUCACACCAAGGUGGCGCUGUUGAAUCACGUGCUUAACCACACGGCGCAUCGCGGUGCUGAGGAUUCGCCGCCUGAAGUCUCGUUAGAUCCUCUGGAAGCUUUGGAAGCGGACAAGGUAUCGUCAGCCGGACCACAGUUCUGUCAGGCCGCACGUGACAUCUCUGCUCUCUCCUCUAGUGGACUCAGGGUCAAGGUCGCCACAGGUGGUGACCCAGUCUUCCCUCUUAAGGUUCAGCUCCGAGGAGAGCAAGUCCUGGGUUCAGGUGGCUCGUUUCGUCAUUUCAUGUGGCUGAUGGCUCGAGAACUCCAGGGUACCCAUGUAGGACUGCUUGUUCCAUGCCCCAGCUCUGCCGCUAACAAGAACAAGGGUAAAUUCAUAAUGAAACCUGGCCCCAUGACGUACGCGGAGGAGAAGCUGUUAAUUUUCUUCGGUCAGCUGUUAGGGAUUGCAUUACGAUCAGAUAUUCCCCUCGCUCUGGAUUUGUUGCCGUGCUUCUGGAAAAGCCUGUUGAACCUGCCGCUAGACCCGCAUGACAAUCUCAGAGAAACAGAUGUUCUCACCUACAACUAUUUACGGCGCUUCUCAGAGGUGGAGAACAUAGAAGAGUUUCAGACGUUGUGUUUUGAAGCAGAUCUGUGUCCGUACCGAUUUGUUUACACAUCUCUUGACGGCGAGGAAGUGGAACUGUGUAAAGAUGGAGCCAAUGUCGCUGUAACAUGGGAAAAUCACAAAUCUUACGUACAGGCCAUCAGGGAUCUACGACUCAAGGAGCUGCGGUGUGAGUCCCGUAUGGCGGCCGUUCGCUGUGGCCUGUCUUCAGUGGUCCCUUUGCAUGUACUGACGGUCAUGACACCGCUGGACAUGGAAAUUCGUACCUGUGGGCAGCCUUCUCUUGAUUUGGGGUUUCUUAAGGCCCACACAGCUUACGUAGCUGGAGUCAAAGAUACGGAUGUACAUAUCGAAUACUUCUGGAAUUCCAUGGAAAGUUUCUCUCAGGACCAGCUGCGAAAAUUUGUUAAGUUUGCCUGUAAUCAAGAGCGGUUACCAAGCCGCUGCACGUGUCAGGAUGGUAAUCCCCAUACAGCUGAUGUACACGUGCCACCGUACCCCAUGAAGAUUGGUCCGCCUGACGGCAGAGGUGCUUCAGACGCGCGCUAUAUACGCGUGGAGACAUGUAUGUUCAUGGUGAAACUACCUCAGUACUCGACCCAGGAAAAAAUGACCGAGAAACUCAUAUACGCUAUCAACUGCCGUGAAGAUCCGCUGACCGACAUGACGUGAAUCUGUUCUGAGGAAUGUCAGGAAAAACACUCGCUAAUACAAGGACUAAGAUUUCAAGAGGAAGUGAAACGACAUUUCACGACAAUUCAAUAACCUGCAAUUGCGCGCGAUGGCAAAGGAAAGACGCGGUUGAAGAAACCGCGAGGGGUAUGGGGAUUAGGAGAAUGUCCCCUCUGUCCAUUCCUCUCGCGGAUAACUUCGCCACUCGUUUUCCAGGGUUCUCUGCCAAUUAGUGUGUCAAAUAUAUUGCGGAUAGCCACCAGCUGCAAAGGCUAGAAUACAAGGAAGUAUUUAAUAAAUUGUUUUGGAAAUAACCACAGAUUCAUUUAAUAUUGGUGCUGUGGCACAAUUCGAGUACCCAAGUAAAAUGACAAGUAAGGAUGUAAGGCAAUUGUCAUUUGGUCUGGAUAUUAGUUCGGUAAAAUAUUUGUCUUAAAGACUUAGAGUGGAAGUUGCUUAUAUUUUUGAAUACGCUAAGCCAGCCGAUAAUACAUACUGUCAUAUCUAACUUAACUUUUUAUUCUCCAACAAGGGGAAUUAUUGGAAAUGUAUGAAAAACAGUUAAGAAAUAUUUUGAGACGAACCUGAGGAGUUAACAGGUUAAAAGAAUACAAAACUGUUUUCCAAUGUUAUUUCUAUUAGAAAAAAAGAACAUUAUUUUUACAAUUGUUAUUACAAUAGGGAAUAAAAUUGUUGAUUCACAUAAA